AUGGAGGGCUCAUCAUCAGACUACAGUGAUGAAGAAGUGGGGGUCUUGGCUCGGGGUCAGAAAUUAUGGGUUCGUGGAGUCAAAUCUCAUACGACCUGCGCAGACAUCGUUCGUGCUUUGCAGGAUGCCCCUGAAGCGGAAGGGGCUGUCAGCGAACACGGUGAUUGGGUGCUGGCAGAACGGUGGCGAGGAGUGGAGCGACCUUUACCUCCCGACGUACCUGUCCUUCAUGUCUUAGCAGCUUGGGGAGAUGCGAGGCACGAGGUUAAAUUAGCACUUAGACGUGUUUCGAGCUGUGGAGAAGACGAUUCUGGUCGAGACAGUGACGGAGGCAGCCGUGGGGGUGCUCGAAGACGUAGACGGAGAAACAUGAGGACAGCCACGCCGCCCCCAAGAGCCAGGAGCGAGGAUCCUGCAGCUAGACUGGUGUCAGUUAUACAACACCAGAGUAGAACGAUACAUCAACAGCUCGAUAAAUUAAGGGAACAAGAGAAGCUAAUCGACCAGUUGGAAGAUCAAACCCACAAAAACCGCAUGGAGAAACACGGUACCAACUACCUUCUCGAAUCGUACCUUCGAGACCUCGGCCGAUGCAGUGAAGUCAAUGAUAGUCAGGCCGGGAACAGUGACAGUGGAGUGGGCGUGGGCAGCGGCACCCCACCGAGGCGACACACAAAACAUAAAUCUAGAAGAGAAAGACACCUUAUGAGAGAGCAUUACUUUACAAAAGAACUGACAGACAUUUGCCAAGUCAACUCAGAUAGACUAAUGCAGACACAAAACGAUACAGACUCUGAAGCAUCUGCUGAUGAACUUUCUAGGAUACGUGACGAAGUUGAAAUGUUGGAGAAACUGGCUAUCAUUAAUAAAAGACUACAUCGCGAAGAAGAACUUGUAGUGAGACUAACAGCUAAAGUCAAAAGAUACAUGGAUGAGAACAAAGCGAACAGUUGUGAAAAUGUUUCCCAAGUUCGAAUGCUGUUGGACAAAAUUGAGCAAGAAUUAAUGAAAACCACAAAAGAAAUGCAAGAAAACACUAUAGAAAUGGCGAAAGCUGAUACAGAAAUAGAAAAUAGGAUGAAAUUACUUGACGAACUUACACUACAAUUGGAGGAGGAAGAACUCCAGAAUGCAGUUUUGGAGAGACAAUUAAAUGAAGCUUCAAGUCGCCAACCAAUACUACUGCAGGAUAGUUACGUACCUGUUUUAGAUCAAACAAAUUUAAAUCAAACGUUUAAUUUUGGUGGUACAGGUUAUCCCCUAGACACACUCGUAUGA